UGUAGCAAUAAGGCUCCUUCCCAAGGUUUCUCCUUGGGGGCCAAGAGAGAACAAGGAUUAAAGUACGUGAACAUGAGGAACCUCGUUGGAGUUUUCUCCUUCCCUUCUACUGAGUUUGUAGUCCCUCUUUAGAAGAAACCCCAAUGGGGCUCGUUGCUGAGAACCUUAGGAAAGCCAGAGAAAUAGCACUGAGCAACCCUCAUGUUCCUGAACAACUAAAGCAUUAUUUGCAGAAAGCGCUGGCUGUUGCUGUUGGACUGGACCCGUAUUUGGACACAAUGGUGACUGGAAAGAAAACUGCCUCACUUGAAGCAAAAGCUACACCUCAUAAAGAAUAUACCUCUGGCUAUCUAAAAGGCCAAGUUCUCAGGAUGUUUGUUCAUAUGGUUGGAGCCAAGAGGAUUUUAUUAAUUGGCAGGCUUAAAGGUUACAGUAUCCUUGCUCUGUCAGAGGCAUUGCCAGAUGAUGGAAAAAUAACUGCAUGUUCAGUAGAGCCAUAUCUUGGAGGGAAAAGCCAGGAAGCGUCUGAUUACUCAUCUCAUGCUAAAAAGAUAAGUGUGAAAGUGGGACCAAUUGCAGACACUUUGGAGGAGUUAGUGGCUGUGGGCGAACACUUUGAUAUAGUUUUUAUUGAUGCUGAUCAAAGAAAUGCUGUUAACGACUACCACUUUGUCAUGGAUAACCACUUGCUGAGAAUGGAUGGAGUGAUCUGUGUGGAGAACACUCUCAUGAAAGGACAAGUCUACCUGGAGAACGUAUCUGAUGAAAAUGUAUUAGCUGUCAGGAAAUUAAAUACUGUAAUUAAUUCAGAUCCUCGUGUGGAGCAGAUUAUUUUACCUGUGGAAGAUGGGAUGAGUGUCAUCCGAUGGAGCUGCACACCUGCAGCUGUGAUGGAAUCCAAGAAAGCAGUGGUGAAAGAUGACGUCUUUUGGGGCCACAACAGAUGUCGCAUCCUUGAUCGCCUGCGUUUGGAUGGCAAAGUGGCCUACGUAACAGGUGGAGGCCAGGGGAUAGGAAGAGCCUUUGCUCAUGCAUUGGGGGAAGCAGGUGCUAAGGUAGUAGUUGUGGAUCUGGUGCUUCCGAAGGCAGAAGGGGUCGCCGAGGAGCUUAGCCUGAAAGGGAUAAAAAGCAUGGCAUUGGCAGCAGAUGUAAGCAAACCUGAGGAUGUACAAAGGAUUCUUGAUGUGAUUGUAGCUAGGUGGGGCACAGUUCAUAUUGCCUGUAACAAUGCUGGAAUUAACAUGAAUUCUGCAAGUGAAGACACUUCACUAGAAGAAUGGGACAAAACUUUUAAUGUUAAUUUACGAGGCUUGUUUUUGUGCUGCCAAGCUGCAGGCCGCAUUAUGCUGAAGCAAGGAUAUGGGAAGAUAAUUAACACAGCAUCUAUGGCAAGUUUAAUAGUUCCUCACCCGCAGAAGCAGUUAGCAUACAACGCCUCAAAAGCUGGGGUCGUAAAAUUAACACAGACAUUAGGAACCGAAUGGAUUGACAGGGGAGUAAGAGUCAACUGCAUUUCUCCGGGAAUCGUAGACACACCACUCAUCCAUUCUGAAGACCUGAAGCCUCUGGUACAGCGCUGGGUAGCAGACAUUCCUGCGGGGAAGCUGGCUCAAGUGACAGACCUGCAGGCAGCUGUAGUAUACCUGGCAUCUGAAGCUUCAGAUUACAUGACAGGCCACAAUUUGGCCAUAGAGGGUGGUCAAAGCUUGUGGUAGAAAAGAUCUGAGCAUCUUUCUUCUUUGCAGCACUUGUAAUGAGCAUAAGAAUAGAAAACAGACAGGAAAGAAUCCUGAUUCUCAUCAUAGUUUAUACAGUAAGGCCAGGUCAACACCCAGAAGGUUGAGUUAAGGUACACAUCUCCAGCUGCAUAAAAUACAUAGCUGGAGUCUGCCUAACUUAAACCAACCUUGGUCUUCACAGUGGGAGGCCAAUGGGAGCAAAUGCUCCUGUCAACUUCCGUUACUCCUCACUGCUCUAAGGAGUACUUGCUGACUGGAGCCGCCCUCAGCAUUUGAUUUAGCGGGUCUUAACUAGACCCACUAAAUCAAACACCAGAAGAUCAAUCUCCAGUGCAGCAAGUGGUGAUGUGGCCUACGGGACUUAAAAUGUUCCUCCCCAGAGAAUUCUGAUUUCCUUACAGGAUUGGGUUCUUUACAUCUAAAAAAAAAAUCACAAUAUAUCUUUUCAAAUGCUUCAGAAAACAGAUAAUGGAGCAGGGGGGCCAACAGACUGGCUGGGACCCCUGGGCAAUGUGGGGAGGGCUGGCUCUGUAGUCCUAGAGGGGGCGGAACCUCAGGUGGAAGGAGUAGGGCUGGGGGCAGCCAGGCUUCAGUGCUGCCCAGAGAGCACCACACCAGCCCUUCCAGUCAGCCCUCAGAGCCUUCCAGAAUGUGCAACGUGGCAUUCCGUCAGCUAUUUAAAGGGAUUGGGGCUCUGGCUGCCACCACUCCUUCAUUAGCAGCAGUUGCAACAGGGAUACCCUGGCCCUUUUGAAUCACUGGGCCUUUGGACAAUUUGUCCCUUUGUCCCUUCUGUUGGCAGACCCAAAAUGGAGUUAAACUAGUGUUGAUUGUGACCUUAUGAUAUAAACAUCUAGAACAAAAUUAUUGCUUCCUUGUUUAAGCUGUUGUUUGAAGACCUGUCUACCCAUUUCAUCUAGCAAUAAUUAUGUAUAAAAAUGAAUGUGAUUCUUCCUUUUCACUAUUUCUUAAUAUUUCACAUUAUGCAUUCAAAUCUCUGUGAAGGUAGUACUUACAAAAUAUAGGUACAUUUACUACAGAUAAGCCCUUAGCAGUUGUUUAGUUUAACGGGGACAUUUUUUUAAAGCAAACAUUAUUAGUCGGUCUGUGCUGCAUGCUUUUCAUUGGGUGUUUUUUAUUCAUGUUGUGUCGGUGACAUCUGUGAAUUGUUUAAAAAAAACCAACAACCUGAAAAUGCUGAAAAUGUUAAA